AAAAAAAACACACGCUCGCACGAAGGACGACUGGAAGCGGUUGGAAGUGGGUCGGUGCACUAUUUUUCCUGUCUUCAUACUCUGGUGGGCUGUGGCAGGAGCUUGUAACUCGUUGAAUGUUUUCGCGAUUUCCAGAGACGGACAAACAGUCCAGAGUAGAAAAUUUAGUUCAAACAGGCAGAACGUGUACCGGUGGCUGGUAGAGAAAAAGAGGCGUUUAUUGCUAGACAGCGUGAAAUUUUGGUUAUCAACUCCAUUGACGAUAUACAAACGGCGCAUUCGGUGGUUGCACUUCGGAUGGUGAUUCUGGUGGCCAACUUGGAUAAUCGCUAUAAUUUCGACUGUAUGUGUUUGUGUGGCACUCUGGGUUGACGAAGUUUUAAUAGUUUUUGCGGGGUGAUUGUUGAUGGUUAUAGGAAAACGCGAGAGGAAGAAUGCCCGUGUUUUGCAUUCGCCUCUAUCAGCAGCGUGACCAGCGGCAAUCGGUUCAGUCGAGAUGCAAACGCUGUGCUUGAAAAGCUGCUGCGGGGCCAAUUAGUCGUGGAAAAAUAGUACAUAAAAACAUGUCGCUGAUAGUGCACCCAAUAGCCAAGGACUACUCGAACAGUGCAAAAAGAUGGCAAAGAUGUCGUGCUCGUUGACGUUACUGCCACAGGUUAUAUAAGUCCAGUGAUAUUGUGGCGACGAUUCCAAGCAAAACGAAAAAAAUCCACUGAAAAUCGAUUACCUCACGAAGAAGAUACGCAUCUAAAAUUCGCGAAAUUGGAACGAGUCGAGAAAAUUAUAUUUCCAACCACUGAGAGCUGCUAGAUGUCCGCCCACUUUUUUCACUUGUUAGCGCGAUUCCUUUUCCACGGUCCAUACUAUUUGGAGUAGAGCGUCCCAGGAACACGCCGAAACCACGAAGGGGAGUUGAGACUGAAACCUCAUCAAAUUUUGAAAUGCAUCGAUCAUGAGAUUCCCCAAGGUGUCGCCGAAAAAGUGUUUCUUUCUUAUUUUAUGUUUCGCCGUACUCGUGCUGCUAGUUUUCAAUUUGAGAGAUAAAGAGUUAAAUAGCAAAGCGACACAUCCCAUCUACAGCAAGGACGAGUACCAGCUGGAGUACAGCAAUCGGGACAGAGCCAAGGAUGAGUCUCUUCUCACGACAGAAACUUCUGAACAAGGUCGUUCAGAUAAAACUGGCCCCCGAUCGGAGGGCCGAAACCAACUUCCGGAUGAGCAAUUCAUCAGUCUGAACUUAAUAAAUUUUGGCGAGCGGCUAUGGUACUUCUCCGAUGGUGUUCGUUACCCGAAGCCAGUUCGACGUAAUCGAAAAACCAACAAACGCAAUGCUCGGCUGCUGCCAUCGGAAACCUCGCGCUCUGAUCGCAUCACGAACCAGUUGAUGUUCGUACCGCCGAACUACGAGUCGAUCAAAAGGAAAGGGAAGCUCAAAAAUAUCCUGCUGUAUAACGGGUUGGGGCCAUGGAAUGUGAAACCCGGCCGGGAAGUGUUUCUCAACUCCAAGUGUCCGGUGUCAACAUGCAGCAUAACGUCGGCCCGGGAAAAAGCAAUUACCGCCGAUUUGGUGUUGUUCAAAGACCACUUCAUCCCGCCGGCUGUUCCCCGGUCCGCUCAUCAAAUCUACAUGAUGUACUUCCUCGAGUGCCCCUACCACACGCAGCAUGUUAAAUUUCCCGAUGUGUUCAACUGGACGGCCACUUACAGGCAAGAUAGUGACGUCGUUGCACCCUAUGAGAAGUGGGAAUACUUUGAUCCACGGAUUCGACAAGCCGAACAAGAUCGCAAUUAUGCACUGAAUAAAACUCGCAAGGUGGCCUGGUUCGUGUCCAACUGUGGGGCUCGGAACGGUCGGCUGCAGUAUGCACACGAACUGCAAAAAUACAUACAGGUCGACAUUUAUGGCGCCUGUGGAACGUACAAGUGCUCUCGAACCACGGCGGAAAAGUGCUUCGAGAUCCUGGACCGAGACUACAAGUUUUAUCUGGCGUUCGAGAACUCCAAUUGUAAGGAUUACAUCACGGAGAAAUUUUUCGUGAAUGCCUUAAAUCGUAACAUUCUACCGAUCGUGAUGGGGGCUCGACCGGAGGAUUACGAAGCCAGUUCGCCCGAAAAAUCCUACAUCCAUGUGGAUGAGUUUGCCUCGCCAAAGGAACUGGCCGAGUAUCUGAACAUAUUGGAUCGGAACGAUGAGCUGUACAAUUCGUACUUCAAGUGGAAGGGCACUGGGGAGUUUAUAAAUACAUAUUUCUGGUGUCGGGUCUGCGCAAUGUUACACGAUGACGCCUCAUACCAGAAACCCAAAUGGUACGAAGAUAUUAAUGAGUGGUGGCGGGGUCCCGGUGUUUGUACGAAUGGAUCCUGGCGGAAUUCUCGCGCCCAAAAGGAUACCAUUAGCGAAGAGUGAAUGCAGGAAUUAUGAGAGAAUCAAAACUAACUAUUAACGUGCUGUGUUAAGAUACGGUGGACUGAAACUCAGUGAAAGUGAGAGUAAAGGUUAGAUAACAUGAAGUAAAAAAAACAUGAACAAAGGAAUUAGUGCGUCUAUAGGUUUAGUGUUUUCAAUUAACUUACAGAAGCUUGGUUUGUUCUAUGACCUAGUCCAAAAUGACGAUGGAGACAGAACAAGAUCUAUGUGAUCUAUUAAUCUCGCAUUUGAAACUGAUACGAAUCGAAACCUAAGUAAAAUAUACCAAAUUAUUGGGUAAUAUUUUCAUCCAUUUGUGAUUUUAGUUUAGUUAAGUUCGUUGUUAUUCUAGUUUAAUUAUGUUUAUUUAUCAUCCAACCAUAGGAACAAACGGACACUAUCGCAUCAGUAUUAUUGACGUUCGCAAAAAAUCAUAUUUUUAAAUGCAAUAAACACAAGAGGAACUAAACUAUCGCGUACUACUACUGCUACUACUACUACUAUUACUCUAUUAGAUUCGUUCAGUAUCGUUCAUACUAAAUCUAUUUAGUUAGAUUUCAUAUAAAUUGACUUAGUUUAAAUCUUGCAACAAGCAGCAACUAACAAUCGUAACAAACUAAUUGUAAUAACCAUAUGUUUCUAUGCCGGAUUACCAUAGUGUACGUUCAUUCUUAAAAAAGAAAAAAAAACACAGACACGAGUAUAGGUUUCUCUCGGAAAACACAAACAAAUGCAAUUGAAAUGACAUUAACCGAUUAAGAUAAGGUGCGAGAAUGUGAGGAGCGUAUUGAGAGCUACGAGCAGGGACAUUGUUCGAGUAAAUUUGUGUUACCUAAGGAUAUUUGCUAAUUUAAGGAUAAUAAAUUAAAGGCUAUAUCAUUCUUUUUUGGUGUAGUAUUUGAAUUCAA